UGUCCCUUCCGGGUCUCCGUAGUGGCGGUUUAUUGCCUGCCCACGGACGGAUCACAACACAAAACAGCCUCAAGAACAAGUUGUCAGUUAUUAAUUUAUAUUUCACGGGGGUCAACUCUCAGAAGGAGUAGAAUCAGCAGCUCCAAGGUCUUCAUGGAUAUUUAAGGUGUUGCCAUGGAGGAGGUGACCCGCCUGGUGUCGACAGGAGACUGUGUGAAGAUCUGGGAUGCAGUUUCCAUGGCACCGCUGGAGCAGUUCAAUCCACAUAGCAACAGCCAUCCUGUCACACAGGCCUGCUGGAGCUCCAACAACCAGUACCUGGUCAGUGCCAGCAGCAGCGGAGACAAACUGGUGGUUUCCAGCCUCAAAUCAACUCCUGUUUCAGUGGUGGAACUGGGUGAGGGGAAAAAGCAGACCCGUGUGUGUCUGAGUUCAUCGUCUCAGUUUCUGGUCAGUGGAGGUCUGGAUCACAGUGUUCACAUCUGGGACCUGAAGACAAAGAGACUGCACCGCUCCUUGAAGGACCAUAAAGAAGAGGUGACCUGUGUGUCCUUUAAUGCCAAUGACAGCUACGUUGCCUCUGGUUCCACCAGUGGAGAUCUGGUCCUCCACAGUCUGACCACCAACCUGUCCAGCAAGGCCUUCGGACAUGGCAGCAACCAGCCCAUCCAUGACCUGAGACUGUCCCCACUGAAGCGCUCCCUGCUGGGCAGUGUCUCUGACAGCGGCACCGUGGUCCUUUGGGACUCCAACACCCAGAAGGAGCUUCAUGUAUUUGACAGCGCCCAUAAAGCACCAGGCUCCGGCCUGGCCUUCUCCCCUGCCAGUGAGCUGCUGGUGGUCAGCGUCGGUCUGGACAAGAAGAUCGUCUGCUACGACACGGCUAGCAAGAUUGUCCUGCGAUCAAUCCGGGUGGACAGUCCCCUGACCGCAGUAGACUUCACUUCGGACGGUACGGGUUUGGUAGUUGGAUCAACUCAGGGGAAGAUCUACCAGUAUGACCUGAGGAACUCCAGUGCCCCCACCAGGAUCACUGUGGCACAUAAAACCUCCGUCACCUGUCUGCGUUUCCAAAGCAACAGCAGCAAACACAAGUCCAGUAAACUGGGCUCCACCAAGAUUGCAAGUACCAAAAGAUCCUCAACCAAGAUGUCAAACAGCCAACCAGACCCUGCCCCCAGCACAGGCCCCAUCCCCCACCGACAGGUGACAGGUACAGGUGGCACUGGUGCAGAGGUGAUGUCCCGGGAGGCUGAAGGCCAGUUGGCGACGGAGCAGCUUCCUGUUGUGGAGAAGUUCAGCAGCAUUGGACGAAACAGUCUGGACGUCUUCUCUCCUGCUCGGGAAGACGCUUGGACCCCAGGCGUAACUGGAGACACACCUUUUGGAAGAACACACGGUAUAAAAAUUAACAGUUUGGAGAUGCUGUCCAGAGAAGGGGAAGGUCAGCCGCAGGUCAUCGGCCGAGCCAGUCUCGACAUUUUCUCCCCAGUCAGAGAAGACUCUCAUUCAGGUGCCAACUCACACCGUAAGACCCCGCUGGGAACUCCCCUGGUAGCAGCUGGAGGUCGAUGCUACAGCCCGCUGUCCGUCUUCCAGACCCCUCCUCCAAUCAAAGAGGAGGAGGCAAUGCCGUCUGCAGCGGCCGAACCAUGUGACUCCAGAAAGUCCGACAAGGCCAGCAGCUCUAGCCUGGAGGGGGAGGGUCAGACCCCGCCCACAGUAUCCCAGCAGACCAAUCACAGCCAGCCGGCCCUGCCCUUCUUCACCCCAGAGCCCAGCCUCAGGAGAGCCAAUGGUAUCCAAGCUCAGCUGAGCUACGACUCACCUGUACAGGGAGCUGCACCCACCACCACAGCAGGGGCAGCUCUAUCCACGGCCGUCUCCUCUUCGCUCUCCCACAACAUCGCAGAGGUUGUGGGACAGGCAGGAGCCGCUCCUCUUACCUCCCUUCAGAUCCACUUCAUCCAGAAUAUGAUCCAUGAAACUCUGGAGGACUUCAGGGACACCUGUCACAGAGACAUCGUCAACCUGCAGGUGGAGAUGGUCCGACAAUUUUACAUCCAGCUGAAUGAGAUCCACGGUCUGAUUGAGAAAUACUCUGUGAACGAGUCUCUGGUGGAGGAGGUGGAGAGGCUGAGAGAGGAGAACCGCAGGCUAAAGACCAACUACUGACCCUCUGAGCCAGAAUGUGCCUCCUUCCAGACUGUGUUCCUCUGGUUCGAAUUUGCAUCUGCCAAAUGCAACAUAAAAACAAAAGUCUAAACCUGAGGCGGAAAAAGUCUACUUUCCAAAUAAAGUGGAGAACACUGCUUUCCUGCUGAGGGAAGGGGACUAACUAUCACUGCCUCUUUUCAGUCAGAACAAAGUGGCUGAACAGCAGCAGCCUCCUGGUGCUGAGGACUAAUACAGCAUCACAGGUGUGUGUGUGAGUGAACUGAGUGUUUUGUAGUUGAAGAAUGAACAGUGUGAUAAAAUGUCAAACUGAGACAGUCGAAAACAAAACACAUUGAAACUCCAGUCAGAGGAUGUUUAUGACGCCUAAGUUUAUACUUUCAGACGGUCAUUUUCUCAAAUUAUCUGCAGCUGUGUGCUUCAUGUGUGCCUAUAUCAUGUUUUUAAUUAAUAAGAAACAUUUUGUCUAAAGAAUAAAAACGAUUCAUAUUGAAAAACAAA